GUGUUCUCCACACCGUUUUAGAAGAUAAGAUAAACCGACAGAACAAUCAACACGCCACAGCAUUCGUAUAUUGGUUUUGGACGGUAUGUCAGCCAUGAAUCUCUUAUUCGUUCUGACAUUGACGUUAUCUAGCGCGACAUACGUUAGCGGUUAUUGUUUCGUGUCAGCCAGUGAUACCGCUCACGGCGGCAAAUGCGCUCUUCAGAACGGAACGCUCAUUGAUGUUGGGACGGAGGUGACCUACGCAGACAAAUGUGAACGCUGCAUAUGUAUCGUUUCUCAUCAGAGCGGAUCGGUCUUGUCAUGUUGUGGAUACGGUAUCCAUGCAGGGGUGUUUGCCCCAAUACCAGGAUGUAAGAUUACAACUGAGGAGGACGGAUGCACGAUGAGACUCGUGCGAGAGGACGACGAGACCAAAGACUGCUGAAGUUGAAUUACUGAAUUGUGAUAUAGCAACACGUUAAAUAAUAGAUUGUUAACAUAUA